AAUAUCUUGGUUCUUGUGCAAAGUCACCAAGUUUUCAUGGCUAGUCCAAACAGUUCAUCUCAAUCUUUCGAAGAAGGCUGAAAUCACGAUUCGACGCAUCUGAAAUCUGUCCGUCCGUCUCCUCGUGUUUGUAGCAAAAGUGGGUGAUUCGUGGUUUACAAAAUUUUCGCAACUCUUUUAAGAAACGCAUAACCGGAAUUUUUUACAAUAUUAAGGUUAAUGUCCUACUAGAUAGGGUUUGAUCAUUUUUGUAAAUUAUUUGACAAAAUUUGUGUGCUGAAAUAAAUCUAUUAUUAUUAUUAUUAUUAUUAUUAAUAAUUUAAACUAUAUGUUCCAUGGGACUUACAAACCCUUACUGCCACUCAGAUCAAGUUUCAUUCACCCAUCGACGACCGGGUGUUUAUCGUCAUCAUCACAUCAUCCGGAGUUUGGAGCAGCGGAUGCAUUAACGCGUAUUUGCAUUCUGCAUAAUAAGAAGUGAAGAGUCUAAACCAAGAGAUUCAUGUGUACCACGCAGCAUUCCUACCAUUCCCAUUCCAGACUUAAUAUAAGACGCUUUCUAAUAUAAUAAUCAAUGUGUGAGUGGCGACAAUCAAACAUUUUUUGACUAUUUAGAAUUACAAGUUGUCUUUUAUCAAAAAAAUUGAGGGAUUUGUCUCCCAUUUGGACAGCACAUGUUUGCUUCUUGAUAAAUAAUGCUCAUCUUUCCGAGUGCAUGAUCACAUUGCGAGUGAAACGAAGAAGUGGAAUAAUUUUCCAGAUUUGUGGAUCAGAGUUCUCGUUCCGUUCAUCAGUCAGUGUCAGGUGAAGGAGGAGGAGUGAAUGUGUGAAAUAAUUUGUCUGAUUCUUAAAUACCGUGAGAACUUGGAUGCCUGCAAUUAAUCAUUGUUGGUGAAACGGCAUAUCAUAUCCUCGCCAUUGGUUCGAUUUCUUGGUUGAGAGUGCUGUCUGAACAUGAAGAUCCUAUAAACUGAGCGCAUAACAACGAGUGCAUCCAAAAAUGAGCGGAGUUACACCCCCACAACCCAUCGCAGACUUUCCAGACCACCCUUACGUCCGAAAUGAGGACAUUAUCCGUCCCAAACCAAGAAGACUCGUGGACAUGCGAAGAUCUGCCCUGGGACCUGAUUUGUCUUUGCAAUUUUCCUCACCCGGAGCUUCAUCCCCCAAAAUGGAGGGCCUUGGACCGCACAAUAAUAAUCUAAGUUUAUUAUCCUCCUCAUCACACGCUUUCGUGGCUCAAUUGCCACCCAUUCUCCCUGCAAAGCCGUUUGGAAACGCGGGAGGACAUUUCACGCCGUUGGGACACCACACAGAGUCGUCCUCAGCGUCGCUUCAGAACACUUCUCAACAACAACUGCUCGGGAAAUCCUUGCUGAAUCGAGCAGCCAACACCAACAGUACAGGACUAAUCAUGUCCUCCAAAUUGAACAAUCACCAACAACGACCUCAAUCAGAGUCCCCACUUUAUCUUCAUAUGGCGCAAAACCAACACCUGAAUCAACAAGUGUCCCCCUCCUACAACAAAUCAUUCGGUCUGAUGAAAGGGUUCGGUCUGAAUCAGAGGUCAGUGCCCAAUUUGCCCCAGUUGUUGCAACCCCUGAGUCUCAACAACAACAAUAUGUACACCCCCACACCCACUCCGGGACACCAACAACCAGCCAGAGGUGGCCAAGGGCUGAACAAUGUGAACUCCCCACAACGACGACUCUUUCUCUCCCCACAACCCAACGAGACGAGUCCUCGGUGCAGGAUACCCGUCAGCUCCUCCACCACGUUUGGGGGCAGCAGUGGGAACAUUUUGAAUGACGCCGAGGACGACGAUGGGAACAUGCCGUAUUACUCGGAACUCACUCUAUCGCCACCCAAAUUAAGUCCUGGUUUUAUGCCGGUUCAUAUGAGUGGAGGAUUUCCUUCAGUACAAAACCAGGGUCAACAAGGUCCCAUCAUGGCUCAUCCAGGACAAAAACCCCGCGUUCGUGUCGAAUGGAAAAGUGUGGAAAAUUUGCAAAAACACAAUGGACCCAGAUUAACAACGACGCACAAUGACAUUGACAUCAACGGAGGACCUUCCCAACACGUGUACAACUCUCCAGUUCAUAGUAAUAAUCACAAUAGUAAUAAUAGUUCGAGUGGCGGUGGUGGUGGUGGCUCAAACAAAAGUUUCCAAAGAGAAAGUUUCCGACUGAGUCAUGCAUCGCCCAUUGCUUCAUCAACUCCAGUUGGGUUUGGAUUUGAGGACAACAAGAUUGAGAGGCCCGAAAAGAGUCCAGAAUAUGACAGGAUCAAGACACCCAGUGAAAUUGCUCAAGAGAUGAAGGAACGGUUUGCCAAUAACUUGGAGAGUGUUCACUACGUGGAACCAAAUCCACCCAAAAACACCAAUCUCAAUCUUCCCAACAACAACAACAGCAGUGGCACUGGCAGCGCAAAUAAGGGUGUGACUGCGACAAAUAAUACGCUUAAUACGACUCUCAACCACUUGGGUAAAAAUGAGACGGACUGCAACUCAUUAGGAAGAAGUUCCACUUCGGAUGGGGAUUUUGGAACGUUGGGAGGAUCAACGGGAGGCGGAGAUUGCAACAACAUGUACACCGUCGAUGCGGGAUCUACUCCGUCUUCUGUUCGUAAUAAAUCUCGUCAUUCCGCUCCUUCGUCUAAAUUAAAGUCCCGACGAAAGAAUAUUUUGCACAACCUGAAUUCAGAAGAAAUGCGAUUACUCAAUUCCGGGGGUGGAAAUGGCCCCAAGCAAAUUGUUAAUUCGAACAACACUGGGACUGGAGGGAGCUCUUCUGAUGGUUCCUCUGGCCAUGCCAGCAUGUCAGAUAGUCAAACGAGCGGGUCUCCACCUGCAGAGUAUGUUUCCAUUUCCGGGGCACCGUCAAAUCUGGCUUCGACAAACAAUGCCGCUUCUCCUGGAAAUGUGUCGAGUGGUUACAAAUCAGUGCUUAAAUCAGUGCCAGAAGACGAGACUCAUAACGGAAGCAAUGCUUCUGGACUCAACUCAUCAGCAGCAGCCGCAGUGAUCACCACCACGUCUCCAGGCCGAGUACCAAUCGUCCUAGGAAGCGAAAAGAGUGCAAACUGGGACAGAAAAAGUUUGGACACUUCGAUUGGGUCAGGGAGCAAAAAGUCGUCCCGGUCGACAAGGCACAGGAACAAAGAACCCAUCUUGCUGAGCAAUGGGAACAGCGGGCUGGAGGACAUCAAGCAAGCGAUUGAGCAGCUAACGCUCAGGUCGUCCCACGGUGGAGGGGGUGGUCACCUGAGGGAGUCGGGCCACCACUCCUCCUACUCCACCUCAACCUACUCCUCCAUGAGUGGGAGUGAGUGCGAUCGACACCGACGACCUCACGUCAUCCGAUACUCCAGUCACGACACCAUCAACACCCAGGUGACAUCAGCCGAUGAAUUCGUGUGGGUGGACUCGCACAGUCGUCUCGUUGAACUCCAGAACAUUCCGUGGACAAAUCAGGAAAUCCUCAAAGUUGUUGAAAAGAGCUCCAAGCUUCGCGACAAUCUGGAGCGCAUUUCAAUGGAGACUGUUCCUCGAGUGUCGUACCUGCUUCAAAGGGCGUUGGUGAGGGUGGCUCGAGAGACGCAGCGUUUUGGAAAACCGUCAGGAUUUUGCUCAAAACAAGAAGUCUCGUCUGCCCUCAAAAUUGUUCUCUCUCCUGCUUUGGCCGACUCCUGCUCAAAGAGCUGUCUCAGAGCUGCUGCAAUGUUUUCCGUGUCCACAAGCGACCCUCUUCAUCGUGAAUCCAAGUCGGCACGCUCGGGCCUAAAUUUGCACGUGGGGCGAUUUCACCGAUGGAUGGUUGAUGUUCGGCUGGGUCGCUUUGUCCACGAAUUUGCAGCAAUUCACUUGACUGCUUCGAUGGAAAACCUGAUUGAAGAAAUUUUGGGUCAAUCUCUGAAUAGCAUCACAAUCAAUUCGGACGAAGGCACAAACCCCAUUCUGACGGCCGCACUUUUAGAACAAGCCAUUUCGAACAACGGGGAUUUAUGGGGACUUUUACAACCCUAUGCACAUCUCAACGCUGGACGAACUGCUUCAGGAGCAUUGGCCCUUCCUCGACGCUGGGCAUCUGCGGCGAGCGUUAAUUCGUCAGGGAGCAGCAGUUCGACGAUCGGACCUUCCCCCCACCAGGACGACUCCUCCCUCUCCAGCCGCUCCCACAGCCACAGCCACAAAAGUCUGGAGCAGUCCCUCCUCACCACCUGCGUCGGCUCCAUCCCUGAACUGGCCGAGAUUCUGUCCCUCGUAUCUCGGGUGCACUACAAACAACUUCCGCUGACCACGACCAACAACGGGAGCAAGUCAAUAAACCCCACGUGGUCCCCCUCCGCUCUCCACACCCUCUUCUACUUCAUGCGCUGUUCGCAACUGGAAAAUUCGGAUGAUGGGUUGGGCUCUACUUGCAACUUGGGUUCAUCGACGGCCACUCUCGGCACUGAAAGCGUCCAUGACAGACCUCAACAUCAUGGUGGUCAAAAUCCUGCCAGGCUCCCCGUUCAAGAGUUGGUGUACGAGAGGCCCUUCAUCGUGCUUCCGCCGCUUAUCGAGUGGGUUCGUGUGGCCUCAGCACACGCCGACCAUCGACAUUCCGGACUGGUCGACAAAGAUGACGUAAUGCAAGCUGCUCGAAUGUUGCUCCCGGGAAUCGAUUGUCCAGUUCGGUUCGUGGGGUCAGACGAAUUUUCAUGGCCGCCAAGAAGAUCUCUGGACGAGUUUGAAUGCAACAAGAGGCUGAAAAUAGACUUGGCCUUCAAAAUGUUGACUUCAGGCAGGUCUGAUUUGGUGGCACAAGCGUUAUUGCUAAUGCCGCCAUCCAAGGCGAAUACGUUUAAUGAGACCGGUCUGUCUCCAUUGAUUUUGGCCAGUAUCCGAGGAGAAGAGACAAUGGUGAGAGUCUUAUUGGACGCUGGGGCAGAAAUUGACGCAGAAACGCCUCCCAACGGUCCCAACUUUGCUCAGGCCAACAGUGAAACUCAGCAUUGGACAGCCUUGACGUUCUCUGCUUUGAUGGGACACGCUGGAAUUGUUAAGCUACUUUUAGAAAGAAAUUCCAGUGUUGAAGGGGGUGCCAAGUUGAGCGAAGAAAAGUCAACUCAAACGCCUUUGCAAGUCGCUUCCGCAAGUGGAAACAUGGAAAUAGUUCAAACACUUUUAGGUUAUGGGGCGAAUCCUUUCAUGAGCACCUUGGUUCGGGACUCAUUGUGCUACACGGGGUCGGCACAAAGAGGAAGCUUUAGCGCAAUAUCUGUAGCAGCGUCACACGGUCAUAGGUCAAUCCUCCACAAACUGUUGGCGCAUCCAUUCAACCAGCCAUCGUCGAAAGAAGUUUUGUCGCUGGAGGAAAUUCUGGCAGAAGGUGCGCAACCUCCGGGAAGUAGGAAAGAUCUACUUCCGGGUCAAGUGAUAAACGGAAGAUCUGUCGAGGAGCCAAAGAUUCUGUCCAAAACUCAAGUAAAAGUGCUGCAAGAGGCCAUGUAUCAAAGUGCCGAAAAUGGACACAUCGACAUCACCCUGGACUUGAGGAAUAUGGGGGUGCCGUGGACGCUUCACUGUUGGAUCAACUCCCUCGCCACCGCACACGAGCUGAGGUGUGAGCCCGUCAUUAAUCAAUUGCUUCAAGACUUCCUCCACAUUCUCCAACAUGAAGAUUUCUCACAAGCAUCCUUCGUUGAGGAUUGUCUCCCACUCUUGUUCAACAUCUUUAGACAACAGAACGAAGGGACAACUCUACUUCUCGCAGAUAUAUUUCAAACUUGUUAUGGACGAGAGUCAAUCAAAGAGAUUCGAGACACAUCCAUUUCAAACGGAACUCGUAUCGAUCCCAAAUAUGUCAAUAACCAGGAAUUGUCGGAUGUCCAAUUUCGUGUGGAAGGGCGCGUCUUUUUUGCCCACAAAAUAGUAUUAGUGACUUCAUCCCAACGAUUUAAAUCCAUGCUCAAAAGUGCCACGGAUUCUAAUCCUCCCGUUUUACAAAUCAACGAUAUACGCUACCCCACAUUCCAGAUGGUGAUGGAGUAUUUGUACAAUGGAAGUUGCGAUUGCAUCCGACACAUUGGAGCAGAGGACGUCUUAGAGCUCAUGGCUGCAGCCAACUUUUUUCAAUUGGACGGUUUAUUAAGAUUUUGCGAAUCACGGUGUUCACAAAAGCUUAAUAUUGAAUCAAUUGUGUCGAUGUACAUUCAUGCCAAGGUAUACAAUGCUAUACAACUUUUGGAGUACUGUCAAGGAUUUCUACUGCAAAACAUGGUAGCCCUGCUAACGUUUGACGACUCUGUGAGACGAUUAAUUUUCGGGAAAAAGCUGCACAAUCACGAUGUUCUAGCCGGACUAUUGCUAACUCUUCAAGCGAGAUUAAAGUCGAGGCCAAGUAACUCCACAAGAAAGUCAAAGUAAAAUUGUGUACUUUGUUCAAAUACAUCAACUACAAAACCAAUGCCAAAACGCAGUAUUUUGGGUGAUCUGCCAUAAUGUAUUUUAGUUAAAAGUCAAGACAUUUUAAUUUUAUACUGGACGAAUGCAAGUAUUUAGUUUUUAUAAGUUUUUAUUUAACAGAGUUUGAAUUUUAGUAAAUAAACACAUUUUUAAUCUCA